GUAUUUUGUGUUUUGCACGUAACUCACAGUUCUUAGAACCGAUUUUAGUGAUAGCACACGUUUAUACAGUAGUAGAAUUACACAAAUAUCGGAAAAAUGCCCAACUUUAAUGGGGCUAUUAUAGUGCACACACUUCAGUUGCUGAAAGCGCCGGCGACACUGCGAGAAAUACUGGUGACCAUAGCCAAAAACACAGAAAUAACGCAAGAUGAGCUAAAAGAGCCUGUGAAACAAACCCUCGAAAUGGGCCAUCGCUUGGGAUUCCUGCAGAAACUCGAUGGUCGCUACUUUUUGAUGAACAUGACCUUCGAGACAUUGAUGUCUGAGAUGGAGGCCCUUGACAAAGAAGAAUCUCCGGAGAAGUCAGUUAAAAAGAAGAAGAAAUUAAUACCCAAGACUCCUUUAUCGUCGGCAGCUGGGAAAAAAAUUACUAAGAAGCCAAGUCAAGUCAAGACAACGGAACAGUUGGAAAAGCCUAAACCAACUGAAAAGGGCCGACUGCCAGACAUUCCUAGUUCAUCCACAAACUUAAGAAAAACGCCAUCCAAGCUGACUAAGCGUACAGUUUUGAAGUAACCAAUGCAUAAUAAUAUUAUAACUGGUCAAAAAAAACCAAUGAAAUAUUUGUUACAGGAUAAAUUCCUUGUCCGUUAUAUUAUAAUAUUUGGCCCAAAAUAGGAAAAGGUAUUAAAAUUAAAUAA